ACAACAAAACUGACAGAGUGACAGCAUCUGCCAAGCUGCUCCCAUCAGCCAUCUGCAAACACAGUUUACAGUUCGUGUAGUGUACAGUUUACUUGUUUUUCUUUUUUAAAAACUCGUGAAAAGUAGAAAUACAAAAAUAGUGUCAUUCCCGUUUCGCUUUUCCGUCUCGGUACUCGUUGUCGCUGUCGCUGUUGCUAUCGCUUCGCUGCUCGGUGUCGUCCUCGUCCCAUCCGUGGUGCAUGCAUAUGAGCGAGAGAGGUUGAGGUUCUUCCCAACAUUUUGUUCUCUAUUUGUUGUGUUUUUUGCAUUUUUAUUUCGAUUUCCUUAAAAUCUCAUAAAUUCUUAGAAUCCAACGCGUUACCUUGUCCAAAAAUCAAGUGAUUCCAUGAAGAUUUCUAAAUAUUUCAUAUUUUUAAUCAGUGCGGACUGCGGAGACGUCAAAUACAACAAGUAAAAAGCUAAAUUAUUGAUAAAAAUGACGCAGUAAAGAAAGAAACUAUCAGGAGAAGCACCAGAGGAAGAAGCAGAGUCGCUGUGUCUACAAAAAAUAGAUACAAAAAUAUUCCCCCAGCAAACAUCUCAUAAUCCACAUCCAUAAAACGGGCAGAGCACUCGAGAGAGCAUCAUCGACACAACAUUAAAGCACUUCAAAUCGAACAUUCAUCACAAUCUCGAUGGCCGCCGAUACAGAAACAGAAUGGUUGGAAGAUCUUUUACGUGAGGUGCAGCUUGAGCAAUUCCUUGCGAGAAUUCGUGAUGAUUUGCAAGUUACGCGCUUGGCACAUUUCGAUUAUGUCCAGCCAACUGACCUGGAACGUUGCGGACUGGGCAAGCCGGCCAUUCGACGACUCAUGGAAGCCGUUCGAAAGAAAAAGGCACAUCAAUGGCGCAAGAACAUCCUCUCCAAGUUGAUUGGCGGUGGGAAACAACCCAGCAAGAAGCAAUCAAAUGUCCCGAAAGAAAACCAAUCGACACAGCUGACGUGUUUGAUCCAUGAAAAGGAUGUAACACUGGGCAUUAAAUUGGGCGAUGGAUCUUUCGGAGUUGUGCGCAAGGGAGAGUGGACGACGCCUUCAAAUCGUAUCGUACCGGUGGCGGUUAAAGUUCUCAAAUCAGAUAAUCUCACCCAACCAGGCAUCAUUGAUGAUUUCUUUCGUGAGGUGCAAGCUAUGCACGCAUUGGAUCAUCCAAAUUUAGUUCGCCUACACGGGGUGGUUCUCUCGCAGCCGAUGAUGAUGAUCACGGAGUUGGCGGAGAGGGGUUCUUUGUUGGACUUAAUGCGAAAGCAAUGUAAACAUACACCCCUGAGAAACAUCUGGAUUUGGUCGGUUCAAAUAGCCACUGGGAUGGCAUACCUGGAACACAAACGCUUUCUACAUCGUGACCUGGCUUGCCGGAAUGUGCUGCUGGCAGUGGGGAAUAAAAUUAAAAUAGGUGACUUUGGUCUGAUGCGAGCAUUGCCCCAGGAGGACGAUUGCUAUGUGAUGUCCGAGCAUAAAAAGGUUCCGUUUCCAUGGUGUGCUCCCGAAUCGUUGCGGUAUAGACAAUUCAGUCAUGCAUCUGAUACUUGGAUGUUUGGUGUUACUCUUUGGGAGAUGUUUACAUUUGGAGAAGAUCCUUGGGUGGGUUUGAAUGGUUCUCAGAUUCUAAGAAAAAUUGAUAGAGAAGGCGAACGAUUGCAUCAUCCCGAAGCCUGUCCACCCGAUGUUUAUGAAUUAAUGCUGCAAUGUUGGGAUAAAACACCCUCGGAAAGACCUACAUUUGCUGCUAUCAAAGAGUUUCUCAAUGGUUCUGAACCACAAUUAUUGAAAGCGAUUAAACCAUUUCACGAAGUAAACAAGUUGACAAUCGAAGUGAACGAUUUUAUUGCAAUAGUCGAUGGUCGCCCAGAAUUGAAGUUCAUCAAAGGACAAAAUCAGAGGACAUUUGAAGUGGGAAUAUUUCCAAGAAAUAUAUUAGAAAAGCACAAAGCCAAUGAUCUUGUCCGGCCCACAAACGAUGGCUUGCGUCAAGUCGGAGGAGGGCAUGGAUCCUCUUUUGGAUUUUGUUGGGGUGGCCCAGCAUUAGGUGCUCCACCAGUUCAAUCUGAUAUUGAAGGAGAUAAUCGCAAUCGCAAAAGUGCCUCAUUUCAACUUAAAGAACGCAAGUCUUCCACAUUCAAACAAUUUGCUUACAAUAAACUUGUCAAUGAACGAGGUGCAACUGGUCAAUUGUUACAACAACGAUCGUCGAUGCCAUCAAAGCUAAGUAAUAUGACUAGCAAUGGACAACAGCCACAACCGCAACAGAAGGAAGGAAUACUGAUAGAUAUUUCUCCAGAGUUUGUAGCUUCAGAAUCUUGCCAGGGUACGUCCUCGUUGAAAGUUGAUAGCUCUUUCUGUAUUUUGGAUGCACCUAUCGAUGUACCAACUGAAGAGGCACCUCAGCCAUCGCCACCACAACAACAGCAGCAACCAUCACAGACAACUGCGGCACAGUUUCAGCUUCCGACACGUUUAGAACCACCUCCAUAUCAAAUGCCUCCAACAUAUUCAAAUACCUUAGAGUUUAGUCAUGCGGUGAAUAAAGAUCCCUUCGACACGUCUGGAAUCGAGGCUACGCCCAAUGGUGGGAUUUACUCAAAUGUAAAUAAACAACCAAACAGUUAUGAUGGCACAGAACAGGCCUCUUCAUCAGUUUUCAGCAGUCCGGUAGCUCGGAAGAGUCUUAUGUUUACUCAGAAUAAGGAGAACAUCCCACAGGAUCUCCAGCAACCAGAGACGGCCAGUGCAGUUAUGCAGUUUACAUCAAAUUCCAACGAAUCUCUGGGUGCUAGCCAAAACAAUCUUAAUCUAGAAUGCGUUGCAGCAUCUGAAAAAAUGCUCGACAAGUCUUUCAUAGCUGAGCUCGAGAAAGACAUGUAUAAAAGUCCUGGAAGCCAAACUGAUUUUGAACGGAACUCAUCACAAAUGUAUGCCAACAAAGAAGCAAUGUAUAAACACAAUUUGACACCUCUGAAGAACAUCAAUUCGUCUCCUCCAUCCAAUGGUGCCUCGCCAAAGAUCAAAAACGAGCGGUACGGUUCUGUGAACGUAGACAAUCGAAAUAGCUUGUACGGCAGUGACGUUGAGCUGAGACAGAAACAAAACAACACUGAACAGCAACAGCAUCAACAUCAGCAGCCUAGCACUUCUUCGGUGGUGAAUCAAAUCUGGUACGAGAAAGUGGCUGGCCGAGAGUAUUACUCCCAACCGCCAGCGGACUUUUAUCAAAACACUUAUGCGCAACAAAAAAGCAGCAAUGAAAUGUUGCAUCAGUCAAAUAAUAAUAAUUUUGUUCGUCCUAUGAUGCAGAAAACGUCGAAUAUUUAUAAUUCGGUGCCGGCAAGUGUGUACGGAGCAGUUCCGAGGGAUUUUUACGAUUCCGUAGCACCCACUCCAUCCACAUAUUAUGGUCAGGUACCUUUCAACGGUGGCGGUGGAGGCGGAAGCCAUGCGGUGCAUGGAGGUGCUGCUGCUAUAUACUCUAAUGGAACUGUUACACCUAUCCAUCCUGUGAUAUACGAUGAAGUUGCAAUGGAAGAAUACCUAAGGCCAACUCGACCAGCACCUCUAGCGCCACCACAACUUUCUGCCCAGCAGAUUCAGCGAAGAUUGGAAAAGUUGAAAUUGCAACAAGAAAGCGGAGACCCCGCUGCUGCUGCUGCAGCAACAUCUAUCUAUGGGUCAGCUGAAACUCUUGAAAACCAAAUGAUAACCAGCAUUUUGAAUGAUCUCGGACCGCCUGCCACUGAAUCUGAUAUUAGGUCGGCGCUGCGAGCGGCAGGAGGAGAUCCAAACAUUGCCAUUCGAUUUUAUAAAAUCGAUCAAUUGUCAAGGCUCGGCCUUGCCAAUCGACCCCAGUGUGAGCAGGCUCUACAAAAAACUGGAUGGAGUCUCGAAUUGGCAGCUGCUGUUCUCCUCGAAUCCACUUCAUAAAUACAUCACCAAUCCCAUAGUCUUAGAAUACAACUUAACUGACCAUUCCGAUGUGCCCAGUAUAAGCUCCUAAUGUGUCCGUUUUUUUAUUAGAUUAAAAAAUAAAAGUAAAUUUUGUGAAAAAGUCACAAAACUCACCAAAAUAAAAUUAAAACUAAAAAAAAAAUAAGCGAAUUUAACUCUAAUCGAUGUCAAUUUAAUUUUCCCCAAAACCGAUUAUAUAUUUGCUAAAUGAACAAAGCUGACAUUUAAAUUUUAAAUAGCUAAGGUUUGUGCGGCUGUCUCGGAGUUUAUGUUGAAAGAACUCUAAACACAACAAACCUUAACUAUAAAAAUAAAUAUUUUACAUAUGUGUUUAUGUAGUUUUAAGUUUUAAUGAACAUAAACAGAAGAAAAUAAGAAACACACGAUGCAGUAGUUAGAGAUAAUGUUUUAAAAUUUUAAUUUAAUUUAAUUUUAUUGGUUUAAAUUAUCAAUUAUGCUUGAAAACAUGACUAUAAAUAAAUUAUUUUAGAUACUCUUAAUUCAAAAACAAAACUAACAAAAAUACUCUGUCCUUUGUUGAGAAUACAGGAUACAAAAUAUAUAUUUUACGACAAAAACGAACUAAAAGAUAAAACAUAAUAUUACUUAUAUACAUAUUAAGUUUAAACAGAUUCUAUGUAAAUAAAAAAACGAAUAUAUUUUAUUUUAAAUAAACAAACAAUCUAGAUAGACAAGACUACGAAUUAUCACGUUCGCGACUUCAAGUUAAAUGUACUAAUUGAUAAAUAACUGUGAAGCAAAAUCAUGUUGACGAUGAGUAAAAUAUGAACAAACUGAAAUAUAUAUAUAUAUAUAAGUUUAAUGUUCUAAAUAAAUGAACUAUUGCAAAAUAAUGCAUGUGAUGUAAA